ACUGUUACUGAUUACAUGUACUGAAGCUUGAAGCUUCAGCAAAGUAACAGGGAGAAGUAAGUCAGAACUUAUUGGAAAGAAGUUUGUUAUUGAAUCUGAAUGGCUUGAAAUUGUUUUUAACUCCACUGAUCAGUUGAUUAGUUUUUUUAAAUCAUGUCUAGUGACUCAGAAUCUCCGGAUAAGUAUAUACCAAUAAAGCCUCGAACGAAUAUAUUUCGACAAUAUCGUGAUCCAACGACCAACAGAUUUAUAACUCUUUCUGCCAAUGAUUUUAUUAAAAUUUGGAAACAUUACGACAAUGAUGGUAAUGGCCAUAUCGAAGGACAAGAGCUGGAUGACUUUAUAGUUGAUCUACUGGCUAGCAUAAUCCCCCCAAACUCUAUACAAAAUAUUUCUAAAUUAUUUUUUGAAAAUUUCAAGAUAUCUUUCAUGAAAGCCUAUGAUGACAAUGGCAAUGGUCGCCUGGAAGUUAAAGAGUUAGCUCAAUUGGUCCCAUUAGAGGAAAAUUUCUCAAUUAUUUUUGAUGGUAGCAAUCAUCUGAAGUCGAGCGUUUACUUUAUGAAACUUUGGAAAAAGUAUGAUGCAGAUAAAAGUGGCUCAAUUGAUGCUUCUGAGUUUAUCAGUUUAUUAAGAGAUUUUUAUGCCAAAGUUAGAAAGAAAAAUAUCAAACCGGAACAGCUGCAAGAAAUAGCUGAUAUUGUUUUGGAGAUCUUUGACUCAAAUAAAGAUGGCAAGUUACAAAUUGGGGAACUAGCUAAAUUGUUUCCAGUUGAGUCAAACUAUUUAAAAAGGAUUAAACUGAUGAAAAGUAAAAAAAUCAAGACUAGUGUGAUAAACCGAAUUUUCAAAAAAUAUGACAUUGACGGGAAUGGGCAAAUAGAAAAUGAAGAACUGGAAGGUUUCUUGAAAGAUCUUGUCGAGCUACAAACAGAUGAAUGCGAACUGGGACAAAUUGAGGUGGUCAAAAAAUUGGUCUUAAGAAGUUGUGAUAUGGAUCGUGAUGGACGAAUAUCUAAAAAAGAGUUGAUUGUAAUUCUCAAUUCUAUUGUGGCAGACAAAAAAGAUGCAUCUAAAAGACGACGGAAUAUACUUUUAUGUUCUUGAUUUAUUUUAAUCAAAAUGACAAUAUAUUAUAAAUAUGCCUAAAAUACAGA